UUGGCGAAAAUACGGUCCCGUGAUUACAGACAAGUUCAUUCGCCCGAGCACUUUGAAAGAAAUUGAGGAAUUGAAAUUGUCUGUGGCGAGAUUGAAGUUGCCGAAGGAUUACACGCCACGAAUCUAAAAAAAUGGACAAGAAAACGAGCAAAGCGGAAGAGAAACUCAACAAAAUUAAGGGAUUUUUCACGAAAAAAAAGGCAGAAGCGAAAUUUAAACUUGGAGUUGCGGGUCCCGGAAGGAAAUUAAACGAUGAUUCGCCGACAGUGUCACAACCAGCGAAGAAAACGGCAAAAGAUGCUUAUGUUCCGCCCAAACGAGAUCAUUUGACGGAUGAAGCGAAGAGAGCAGCUGCUGCGGCAAUGUCCCGAUUUCAAGGAAAGACUGAAGAUUUUGACUUUUCUUUGCAAGCGAUCAGAGCACAAGCACGAAAAGAACUUGAAGCGGAACGAGCAGCUGCCAAAGAAUCAACAAGUGUCGAAGUAGCAAAAGAAGUUGAUCCGGAUCAAGCCAGCCAAUUCGCAGUUCAAGGAGUUUUCUUCCGUUGCCCCUUCAUAAGCGAAGAAAUUCUGCCAAAAAAAGAAUGGAAAGUGAAAAUUAAGGAAUUUUUGUAUGAACAACUCGAGCAAGAACGGGGACUUACCUCAUGCCUGAUCAUUCACAAUUGCAACACGAAGGAAAAAAUCGAGCCGUGCGUCGAAACGCUAAUUCGUUACAUCGAAAACAUCAUAAAUCAUCCGGACGAGGAGAAAUAUCGCAAAAUCCGGAUGUCGAACAGAAUUUAUCAGGAAAAAGUCGAAUCUGUCGAGGGAGCUUUUGACUUUUUAACUUCCAUCGGCUUCGAAGAACAAACGAUCGACGACGAAAAAUUCCUCAUUUUCGCAAAAGAUGUCGCUGAAAACUUGGAAAACAUGAACACCUUAUUGGAAGCGCUUAAAUGCUCGGAGCCCAUUCCCAUUGAACUCGAUAGAAAUUUACAAGUUUUGCUUCCGUCACAAGUUCGGGUAACUGCCUUACCGCCGGAAUUCUUUCGCGUUACUGUUGAAGAGUUAAAACGCGAACAACAAGCUCGUGCGGAGGCAUUGGAGCGUUCGCAGAUCCUCAUGACGAAGACGAUGCGCGAAAAGGAGGAACAACGCGUGAUAAAUCGCUACAAUUUUGCGUUGAUUCGCGUUCGAUUCCCCGAUGGCGUUUACUUGCAAGGCACUUUUCAUGUCUUUGAGAAGCUCGAAGAUGUCUUUGAAAUGGUAAAGUCAGCUUUGAAAACGAGUGAAGCGGAAUUUAGUCUUGUUUCGCCGACAGGACACAAAUUUAAUGGGAGCGAAGAUCGUGAAAAGUCGUUGCAUGACCUGAAGUUGAUUCCGAAUACGGUUUUGAACUUUGCCUAUGAAGGCGAGUCGAAGAGUUUGAAAGAGUAUCUGAAGGAAGAGAUGCUCGUUCUCAUACAACAAGUUUAAAAAAUAUUUAAAAAAAAGUCACGAGUUUGUUAGAAAUUUACUAUUCCUUUAUCGAAAUGUUUUGAAAAGCUUUUCACGGAUAAUAAAUAUUAUUA